UCGCGCUGGCGGCAUGGGGCGGUGACGCCGCACUGGCCUUCCGCUCCUGCCAGCUGGUUGAGAGCAGGCGGAGGAGGAGGAGGAUGCACCUUCGCCAACGGCUUGCCUUCCUGGGCCGGCGCGCAGGCACCUUGCAGAACAAGGAGUAGCUUGCUGACUUUGAACGCGUGGCAAAUAUUUCAGAAAGCUUCAAGAUCAAGGUGGAGAAAGGAACAGUUAUUCUUCCAAAUUCAUCUGCUUCAGCUAUUAUUCUUAUUGGGAAUGGACAAUGGAAUGUUCUCUAGCUUUAUCAUGAUCAAAAGCCUCCUUCUGUUUUGUAUUUCCAUGAACUUAGCCAGUCACUUUGGCUUUUCACAAAUGCCAACCAGUUCUGUAAAAGAUGAAACCAAUGACAACAUCACAGUAUUCACCAGGAUCUUGGAUGGGCUCCUGGAUGGCUACGACAGCAGACUGAGGCCUGGGCUCAGAGAGCGUAGUACUCAGGUGAGAACGGACAUCUACGUCACCAACUUCGGCCCAGUGUCUGACACGGAAAUGGAAUGCACCAUAGACAUGUUUUUCUGACAAAGCUGGAAAGACGAAAGCCUUCAGUUUAAAGGUCCCAUGCAGCGCCUGCCCCUCAACAACCUCCUUGCCAGCAAAAUCUGGACUCCAGACACCUUCCUCCACAAUGGGAAGAAGUCCAUCGCCCACAACAUGACCACGCCCAACAAGCUGCUGCGGCUGGAGGAUGGCACUCUGCUGUACACCGUGCGCUUGACCAUCUCGGCAGAGCGCCCAAUGCAGCUUGACUUCCCGAUGGAGGCCCAUGCCUGCCCUCUGAGAUUUGGCAGCUGUGCAUAUCCUAAUUCCGAAGUUGUCUAUGUCUGGACCAACGGCACAACCAAGUCGGUGGUGGUGGCAGAAGAUGGCUCCAGGCUGAACCAAUACCACCUGAUGAGGCGGACAGUGGGCACAGAGAACAUCAGCACCAGCACAGGUGAAUACACAAUCAUGACGGCUCAUUUCCAUCUGAAGAGGAAGACCGGGUACUUUGUCAUUCUGACCUAUCUCCCCUGCGUAAUGACUGUGAUCUUGUCGCAAUUGUCCUUUUGGCUGAACCGAGAAUCAGUCCCAGCCGGGACAGUGUUUGGGUUGACCACGGUGCUGACCAUGACAACCCUCAGCAUCAGUGCCCGGAACUCUCUGCCCAAAGUGGCUUAUGCGAAGGCCAUGGACUGGUUCAUAGCCGUGUGCUACACUUUUGUGUUCUCUGCGCUGAUCGAGUUUGCCACCGUCAACUAUUUCACAAAGACAGGCCCAGCCUGGGACGGCCAAAAAGCCUUGGAAGCAGCCAAGAUCAAGAAAAAGGAGUGUGAACUUACACUAAAUAAAUCAACAAAUGCUUAUACUACUGGAAAGAUGACCACCCCCCCAAACAUCGCAAAGGAGCAGACCCCUGCAGGGACCUCAAAUGCCUCUUCAGCCUCAGUAAAACCUGAAGACAAGACUUCUGAAAACAAAAAGACUUACAACAGCAUCAGCAAGAACGACAGAAUGUCCCGAAUUAUAUUCCCAGUCCUGUUUGGCACUUUCAGCCUAGUUUACUGGGCAACAUAUUUGAAUAGGAAGCCAGUCAUUAAAGGGGCUACCUCUCCAAAAUGAGCUGCCAUGCUCCCAAACUCCAAGACAGCCAUACGUUCAGUGAUGGGCACCAAGGAGAGGUUGAGCUUGGGAGACCUCCCUUAUUUGGGCACUAUCUUUCAGGAAAUUUUUGCAUAUUUAAUAAUAUGUACAAAUAAUAUUGCCUUGAUGUUUCUAUAUAUAAUGUCAGAUGUUUCAAAGAUGUCACAUUGACAAAUCAAGCCACUUUCUGGAAAAACAGGAGACAAUGGCUCUGACACUCAGAUGCUCAGUAUCUUACAUUGAUAGUUUACAAACAAGUAUAUUUUUAACUGUUCCAAGUGUUACCUAACAAUGUUUUUUAUACUUUGAAUGUCAUUUCAUACAAAUUUUCCCAGCAAAUAAAUAUUUUAGGAAAUACUCCAUGAUUAUUACUUGACCAACUCUCACAAGAAACAAAUAUCACAAAGAGCACAUUUUUCAUUGAAAAAGAAACUGGGCAUUUAUGUACAAAACUAAUUACCUUUGAUAAUUCUUACUGUUCUGAAAUUAAAAGUACUGCAUGAUCUUAUGCUAAGAAAUAGAAUAAACAAAUAUUUAUGCAGACAUUUAAUAACAGAAAUAUAUGGUACAUUAGAUUAACAGAUACAAUGUUUCCCCAAGGAAAAAUUU